AUGCCUUUAUACAACAUUUUUGUCGUUGUCUUGAUCAACAUUUUGGCUUUGAAGAUUAUGAAUCAGGUAGUCAUUCUGUUUAGAAGAGACACUAACAUUAAACUUGAUCUCGACUGCGAAUAUAAGAUUAAACUUAGCAGAUGGAAGGGUGAUAGCUAUGGCAUGCCAUAUGCAGACUGCACUUUGCGUCAGAAAGCUGAACAAAAGACGAGUGCCGUCAAAUACGAGAUCUUCGGCAUGCUAGCGCUGAGUGUGUUCCUCAUGGAGACAGUUGUUAGCAGUAGCGUGAAGGCAGGUAUCAGUCUCCCCUGCGGUUUUUCCAUUGGCACGGAGUACGUGCAGAACGAUAUGCACGUUAGAGAGAACUGUUUUUCGUGA